CACUAGGACCUGCGGUUCACCCGACACACAGAGAUCCGCUCGAUCACAGCAGCUGUAGUGUGGCUGUUGACUGCGCACGCGGCUUCAUCAUCACCAUCAUCAUCAUCAUCGGCGACAACAGAUCACACACACACACGGAGAGAGAGUGACACGAGCUCAAGAGCAGCACAUGAUGCGCAGGAUUCGGGCCAACGCCAUCCUCAUCCUCACCGUGGCCUGGAUCCUGGGCACCUUUUAUUACCUGUGGCAGGACAGUAAAGCAUCCUCAACCUCAUCCUCACAGCCGAAGAGCCACGCGCAGAAAACCAGGUUGGAUGAGCGCACGCUACCUCUCAUCGUGACCCAUGCACCUAAGGGUGAUCCGUUGGGUCAGCUGUUGGGCUUGUUUGACGAAAAAUCUUAUCUAGCCAGUAAAACGCUGAAAGCUGGAGAGGAUCCAUAUAGAGAUCAUGCGUUUAACCUACAGGAGAGCGAUCGACUGGGCAGUGAGCGCUCCAUCAGAGACACACGUCACUAUAGGUGUGCCUCCAUAACCUUUGACCCUGACCUGCCGUCCACCAGCAUCAUCAUCACAUUUCAUAAUGAAGCACGCUCCACCCUUCUCCGCACUGUUAAAAGUGUGUUAAUGAGAAGCCCGGCUCAUCUGAUUCAGGAGAUUAUUCUGGUGGAUGACUUUAGUUCUGACCCUGAAGAUUGUCGACUGCUCUCUCAGAUCCCAAAGGUGCGCUGUCUGCGCAAUGAACGCAGAGAAGGUCUCAUUAGGUCUCGUGUUAGAGGAGCAUCUGCAGCUUCAGCCUCCAUCCUGACGUUUCUGGACAGUCACUGUGAGGUGAACACAGAUUGGCUUCAGCCUAUGAUCCAAAGAGUUAAAGAGGAUCACACUCGUGUUGUCAGUCCUAUCAUUGAUGUCAUCAGUUUGGAUAACUUCGCCUAUCUGGCCGCAUCUGCAGAUCUGAGGGGAGGGUUUGACUGGAGUUUACAUUUCAAAUGGGAACAAAUUCCCAUAGAACAGAAAAUGGCAAGAAAUGACCCAACACAACCAAUCAGGACUCCAGUGAUUGCCGGAGGAAUCUUUGUAAUGGAUAAAGGCUGGUUUAACCACCUGGGCCAGUAUGACACUCAUAUGGAUAUAUGGGGUGGUGAAAACUUUGAGCUGUCGUUCAGAGUUUGGAUGUGCGGAGGGAGUCUGGAGAUCUUGCCGUGUAGUCGCGUCGGACACGUCUUCAGAAAACGUCACCCAUAUGACUUCCCAGAGGGCAAUGCGCUCACAUACAUCAAGAACACUCGGCGUGCGGCAGAAGUCUGGAUGGAUGACUAUAAGCAGUAUUACUAUGCUGCCAGACCGUCGGCACAGGGCAAGGCCUUCGGGAGUAUCGCAGAUCGUCUUACAUUGAGACGGAAAUUAAACUGUAAAUCUUUCCGCUGGUAUCUUGAGAACGUCUACCCUGAGCUCAAGAUUCCAGAGCAGGAAUCUCCAUACAGUGUCCUGAAACAGAGCGAUUUGUGUCUGGAGAGUCACGGCACAGACAGUCUUAGUUUAACUGAAUGUAAAAGUGCACCAGACAUACCUGAAUCACAGAAGUGGACUCUGGUUGAACCACAGAUCCGACAGAAUGACCUCUGUUUGGCCAUCACUGCUUUCACUCCAGGGUCAAAGGUCAAACUGGAUCCCUGUAACUUGAAAGAAUCCAGACAGAAAUGGAGGCCCAGAGGUCCGGCAUUGCAGCAUUUGAUCAGUGGUUUGUGUUUGGACAGUCAGCCCCCGUCCGGACCACCGGUCAUAGCACAGUGCCGUCCUCAGAUGGCCAGCCAAUCCUGGGAGCCGCAGCUGAUCACCUGACUUAAAGAGCGUUGGGGAAGAAGGGGAAAGGGGAGAAGUUAAGCAGGGUGACCGAACUCGAGGUGCCGUAGGACCCGGAGGAAAACGUUUGCACACUGUUUUAGUUAAAGGUGCUGCUUUCAGAAGAAUUACUCAUGGCCGUGUACAAAACCUCAUGUUUUCAUUAUGGAAUAGCCGGAGAGGGAAUAGCAACGGUUUUGCUGCCAAAUCCAAGCCUGAGGCUCGGCGUUCCCAGCGUUCACUGUCCAGUUUUCCAUUUUUCAGAAGUGGCCGUGGAGUUCACAAAGCAUGGUUUUGUCGGUUUACAGGAGUGCUUCGUGACAUCUUGAGUGAUUUUUCUGAAUGUUGUGUAAAGUUUUCAAAAGCGAGAGAAUAGAUGUGUAUAUAAAUGCCAUCUUUUGGAGCCGCCUCAGACCUGUAUAUUUCCUCAUUCCCCAAAACACUGUGGCAUCUGCAGCACAGGCUUAAAUAUCUGCUCUUAUAAGGGUCUGAAUAGUUUUGUUUCAUCACUGUGAAAGGUUUUCUGCUUGAUUCACUCAGUAUAAGAUUGGGAUAAAGUCUCAAUUCCUUCAAUUGAAAAUGCAUCUACCCUAGAAACACAUUCAGCGCCAGAAAGGCUUCGAGAGGUUUACAAUAAACAAAAGUCAAAGAUUAUCCGUACCAGGCUGGCAUACUUGCAGAGGGUUUUAGUCUUUUUGUUGAAGUUGUUUGGGUGAAUCGAAUGGCUCCAGAAAUAUCCAGUGAUAACACAAUGCAAUGAGUAGAUGGGUGCAAAAUGCUUUAAAAGAGCUUUUAUUCUGCAUGGUACUGUACAUCAACACAACCCACAGGCUUUUUGCUAACAUGUCAGGCCUAAAGACUGUUUUUUUUCUCUGUCUUUUGUGUUUGCCCUUUGAAAAUUUGUAUUAACUUAAAGCAAGCAGUUUUCAUUUUGGAACAUGUGCUACUGUAGAUGGCAGUGAUGUUAUUUAAAAAAUAAAGACUACCGCCACAAACGGAAAAC